AUGAGCCACGACGAGCCAUUGGUAGCGUACCGGUUCACGAGGCAGUACGAGAAGGUCCGAGGCGGCCCUUCUGAGCCGGCAGGGACAGUCUCCCCCUGCCCAGGCCCAGUAACCCGCCGGCCCCAGAGAAGAACCCGCGGUUCUCUUGGCCGCAGCCGAGGGCCACGCGGGCAAGCCGCGUGGUCCGGAAGGUCAGGGUCUCGGUCGCCAGCUCACCCUUGGUGUAGGAGUAGUCCCCCGGUGCGCGUGGCAGAGCUUGGAGUCGCAGGGGACGAGUUUGAAGGACUCGGAUUGGGUCGGGUCGUAAACUGGGUCGGACUGCCUGAAGCAGUCGCGACAGGGCAUGCACUGGAGCCAGGUGAGGUCGCUCCCAGUGUCGACCACGAACUGGGCGAGCUGGGGUGGGGUGCCGACCAUGAGGCGCGUGAAGAACUCGCCGCUCCCCUGGAGGAUGCCGGAGUAGAUGGAGCUGUUGAAUUGGGCCGGGCCGCGUAG